AUGUCUCCUCCCCCUGCGGCUUCUCCCCCCUUCUCCCACGCAGCUAGCCUCGCCCACUACGAGACCAAGAACUCGUUCGAGCUCAUGGUAAUGGCGAAGCUGCGUUGCAUUUCUGAUGCUGGCGAGAACCAGGAGAUUAUCGCGCGCCUGAUGGCGCAGGAUAGGGAGAAUGGGACUUGGCCUGGGAAGUACGAGGAGCCUGGGGCGGCUGAUGCGACGAAGACGGAUGGCGUGGCUGAGGAGAAGGAUGGGGAAGAGGUAGUUAAGGUGUCGGUGGAGGGGGGCUUGGGUAAAGAAGAGAGGACGCCUAAGGCUGGAGUUGCUGGUGAGGGAAAGGCGGAUCGCGUGCCUGUUGCGAUUGUCUCCGGAGAUAGACGCGCGAGGACUGCGACUGCGGGCACCACUGCGACUAGCACGAGGAGCAGAAGCCCGAUAAUCCCCCUGUCACAAUUGGCAAAAGAAUGGGAUCAGGAUUGGGGCGCACCUUUCGCUUUUCCCCUCGCCGCUACCACCGGCUCGAAACCCCAAGCCAAACCCGUGACUCCUACCGAGUCUGUCUCCAGUGGCUCAAAGUCACCCGCCACACCCACCUCUCCCGUCUCGCAAGUCUCCCCCGUUUCGCAAGCCUCUCGCGCAUCUCUGGCAACUCCUGCUUCCUCUCCUCCCGCGAUCCCGGCUUCAUUGAAGUCAAAUCCGUAUACCCUUCUCAUGAACGAUGAGCAGGACGAUGAAGAAAAAGAGGACGACGAAGAAGAAGAAGAAGAAGAGGAGGAGAGCGAGAACGAGGGCCUCAUCAUCCCCCUGAAGAUGUACACGGAGAAGGCCAGGGCUGCCGCCGAGUCUACAAGGGCUGAGGUCACGUAUGCGGCAACGUCCAGUAGUAAGGAUACUGCCGCUGCUCCUAUGGAGCAGCCUGAGAAUCUCCCGGCUCCCGAUUCGUUGGCCAGUUCUGAGCCGUCUGAGGUUAUGUCGGCGCUUGGGGGAGGUGUGAUUUCUGAGGCUCCUGUCGUUGUUAGGGACUUUGGUGCUAUGGUUUCGCCCUCGUCCUUGCGGUCAUCUUCACCCGAAGAGGCAGCUCACAAGUCCGACGUAGCUGCCUUCUAUAACAGGCCCUCGCAAACGGCCACCAUGCCAGUCCAGAUCUCCGCUCGCGCUCCUCCAUCGCCGCCGUCAUCGCCACCACAGCACACUCAUUUCGUCCCGCCGUCUCCCGCGCCCAGCAAAACGAAUCACCAGCCGCACAACGAGAAACGCAAACAAGACCAGGCUGUUGUGUCGUCGAAUAUGUGGCACGUGCUGGCCGCUGACGAUACCGGUGAUGCCGAUGACGCCGCUUCUGCCCCUGUUGCUGUUGACACUGAUGACAAUAACGAGGUUGAUAGUGAGGACGAGGCCCCACAAGCUCGGCAGGCGCAGAAAAAGAAGAACAGGAGGCGCGGAAAGAAAGGUGGGAAGAAGGUGCAGGCGAUGAAGCAGAAGGUGGAGCAGGCUGUGGAGGUUCCUGUUGUUGUUGCGCCUGUUCUCCAGCAGUCGGUCGCGAUGACGGCGAAGGUGGGGAAGAAGAUGGAGAUGUCGCAGGCGCUGGGUGUCGCGGCUAUCGUUAUGGUUCUUGUCGCGCUUUUUGGGGUGCGGGUUGUUGGGUAG